CAGCGACGCUUUGAGCUCUCUCCGUCUCGUCUCUCUAUCUACGUAUCUUUCGUCUUCAGUCUUCUCAGUCUCUCCGCAACCAUGUCUGCCUACCGGGGGAAGUACGCCGAUGAACUCAUUAAAAAUGCUUCAUACAUUGGCACACCUGGGAAGGGUAUCCUUGCUGCCGAUGAAUCAACCGGAACAAUAGGCAAGCGCUUGGCUAGCAUCAGCGUCGAGAAUGUCGAGACUAACAGACGCGCUCUCCGUGAGCUUCUUUUCACCGCCCCCGGCGGCCUCCAGUACCUCAGCGGCGUCAUCCUCUUCGAGGAAACACUCUAUCAGAAAACAGCUUCAGGCAAGCCAUUUGUCGAUGUGUUGAACGAAGGCGGCGUCCUCCCCGGGAUCAAAGUCGACAAGGGCACCGUCGAACUUGCUGGCACCAACGGCGAGACCACCACCCAAGGCCUCGACGGGCUCGCCGAACGCUGCCAAAAAUACUACGCCGCCGGCGCUAGGUUCGCAAAAUGGCGAGCCGUCUUGAAAAUCGGCGCAAACGAGCCGUCCCAGCUCGCGAUCAACGAAAACGCCAACGGCCUAGCUCGCUACGCCAUCAUCUGCCAGGAGAACGGUCUGGUGCCGAUAGUCGAGCCGGAGAUCCUCGUCGACGGCGCUCACGACAUCUACAAGUGCGCCGACGUAACGGAGCGCGUUCUCGCCGCUUGCUACAAGGCUCUCAACGAUCAUCAUGUCCUCUUGGAAGGAACUCUGUUGAAACCCAACAUGGUGACUCCGGGAUCGGAUUCCCCGAAGGUCGGUCCCAACGUCAUCGCCGAGUACACGGUGCGCGCCCUGCAACGCGCUGUGCCGCCUGCCGUUCCGGCGGUGGUGUUCUUAUCGGGCGGGCAGAGCGAAGAGGAGGCGACGCUCAACCUUAACGCGAUGAACAAAUUGUCGACGAAGAAGCCGUGGAGCCUCUCGUUCUCGUUCGGGCGCGCUCUCCAGCAGAGCACGAUCAAGGCGUGGGCGGGGAAGGAGGAGAAUGUCGAGAAGGCGCAGGCUACAUUCCUCGGCCGGGCCAAGGCCAACUCGGAAGCGACGGUCGGGACGUACCAGGGUGGCGCUGCCUUGAGCGACGGCGCGUCGGAGAGCCUCCAUGUGAAGGACUACAAGUAUUGAAUGAAGGUAUGUGGUUGUUUUGUUUUUGAAGUGUUUCUGCUUUUCUAUGCAUUGGCUUUUUUUUUUUUUUUUUUUUUUUUUAAAAAAAAAAUUUGUCUGAAUAAAAGAUUGGAGGAUGUUUAAAAGUCCUUUUAAUUAUGGGUAAUACAAGGAGUUUGGUUCUAACUUAAUAUGAAAAUUUAUGAUUAUGUAUAUUUGAAAGAGCAGCAGCACAAAAGUGUGGAAGCUGAAGCUUCCAAGUAGAGAUUCAAGAAAAGAUGAAAUUUUGUGUUGUGUUGUAUUGAAUGAAUUUUGUUGUAUGAGUAGAUCGAAAUGUUGGAAAAUUGGU